AAGGUGUACGGCAGCCUUUAGUGGCUCGAGUGAUAGAUGUCUCAAAUGGAAAGAUAGAUGUGGCAGAAAGCUGCUUGGAAGAAACAGGUGGCCUGGGAGUGGAUAUUGUUCUAGAUGCUGGAGUGAAAUUAUAUAGGGCUGAAGAUGAAUCAACUUCAAAAUCACAGUUGCUGCCUCAUAAGCAUGAUAUCAUUACUCUUCUUGGUGUUGGGGGACACUGGAUAACAACAGAAAAACAUCUUCAGCUGGAUCCUCCAGAUAGCCAUUCCUUGUUUCUUAAAGGAGCCACCAUCUCCUUUCUGAAUGAUGAGAUAUGGAACUUGUCCAAUAUACAGCAAGGGAAGUACCUCUCCAUCUUAGAAGAUAUAAUGGAGAAAUUAUCAAGUAGCAUUUUCAGGCCUCAGCUGGAUGAACCAAUCCCAUUGUAUGAAGCCAAAGUUUCUAUGGAAAUAGUUCAGAAGAAUCAAGCAAGAAAAAGACAAGUCAUCCAGUUCUGACACACAAUUUCCUGAUUUCUAAGCCUGUGGAAGAUAAAGAAACGUAAUGUAUUUGAGAAGUAAAUCCGUGUACACUUUCAAAUAAUUCUGUAACCAGAAUUUAAAGAUCUUCUGUACCUCAGCACAAAUGGUCUGUGAAGCUUCUGUGACUUCAGGGGAUUUUUUGGAUCCACUUGAGCAGAAUGUUCCCAUCAGCAACUGCCUUCUAAAGAGGCAGUCUUGACAUACAAAUCUUGUCUGCCCUGCCCCAAUUACAAAUGUCAGUAAUAUCUACAGGCAAAGUCAGUUGCUGUUGUUUUUCAACCAUAAGAAAUUAAAGG